AUGGCUCUGAAGUCUUUGAAACCCGUCAAUUUUGCCAUCAAUAUGAAGCUCAUCACCUUCGCCGCCGCCGCCGCCAUCCCGGUCUUCUCCACUCUGGCCGCUGGCGAAGAGAGAGAAUGUCCUCUCGAAUCGGACUGCAUUCAAAGACUCUGCAACAAAUUCGAUUACGAGACUACCUGGGAUGGAAACGGAGCUUUCAUGAUGGAGGCUCGUUGCAAGAACGCGACGGGCGCAGAGGUUUUUACCAAGCUCGACCUCAAAAAGUGUAUCUCGAAUGGCGAUGGGCUUCUCCAAUAG